CACAGACUCAUCUCUCUCACUCUCUCUCCUCUCAUAUCUGUCUUUCGAUUUAGGGCAAAACCCUCCAACCUCGCUCACGUUUGACUCACACACAAGCUCUCAGACGAUCUCCUGUUUCCGUCGCCGAUCCGUCUCUCAGGCCUUAAGUUGAAAGCUUUCUGAUAGUAUUGUGGUUGCUCGCACCUCGAAACUACGAAAGGCUGCUCCUUAACGAGGAAUGAUUUUUCGCAUGACCUGUUGACAUACAUCCAAUGUCGGGUCUACUUAAUUCUUCUAUGAAUGGUUCAGCCUCGAAUCUUCCGGAUAGCAGUGGGAGGUCUUUCACUUCAUCUUUCUCUGGCCAGUCUGGUGCAGGAUCUCCUGUGUUUCAUCACUCUGGUGGAACUAUCCAGGGGCUGCACAACCUCCAUGGGAGCUUUAAUGUCCCCAACAUGCCUGGUACUCUAACAUCAAGAAACUCCACAAUGAACAGUGUUCCUUCUGGUGCUGUUCAACAACCCACAGGUAGCCUUUCUAGUGGACGGUUUGCUUCCAAUAAUCUCCCCGUGGCCCUUUCACAGUUAUCUCAUGGAAGUUCUCAGGGUCAUUCUGGAGUAACCAAUAGAGGAGGUAUAAGUGUUGUAGGAAACCCUGGAUAUAGUAGUAACACAAAUGGAGUUGGAGGUUCUAUUCCUGGGAUUCUCCCUACAUCUGGAGCCAUUGGUAACCGGAAUGCUGUUCCAGGAUUGGGAGUGUCCCCAAUUUUGGGAAAUGCAGGUCCUCGGAUUACAAGUUCGAUGGGUAACAUGGUUGGAGGGGGCAACAUUGGACGGAGCAUAAACUCGGGCGGAGGAUUGUCCGUACCUGGGCUCGCGUCUCGUCUAAACUUAACUGGAAAUAGUGGAUCUGGAAGUUUAAGUGUGCAGGGACAAAAUCGACUCAUGGGCGGUGUUCUUCCACAAGGAUCUCCUCAGGUGAUGUCUAUGUUAGGAAACUCCUAUCCUAGUGGUGGUGGGCCACUUUCACAAAGUCAUGUCCAAGCUGUUAACAACCUUAGUUCUAUGGGAAUGCUGGGUGAUGUAAACCCCAAUGACAGCUCGCCUUUCGACAUAAACAAUGAUUUCCCGCAAUUGACAAGUCGACCUAAUUCUGCAGGGGGGCCUCAAGGACAACUGGGUUCUCUGCGGAAGCAAGGUCUCGGAGUAAGCCCCAUCGUUCAGCAAAACCAAGAGUUCAGUAUACAAAAUGAAGACUUCCCAGCAUUACCUGGAUUUAAAGGUGGGAAUGCUGAAUAUGGGAUGGAUAUGCACCAGAAAGAACAAUUGCAUGACAGUACUAUGUCCAUGAUGCAGUCUCAGCACUUCUCCAUGGGGAGAUCCGCUGGGUUCAAUAUAGGGGGGACAUACUCUUCAUAUCGUCCACAGCAACAGCAGCAACAUGCCCCAGCUGUCAGUAGCAGUGGUGUUUCCUUCCCGUCUGUGAACAAUCAGGAUCUGCUUCAUGGUUCAGAUAUAUUUCCAUCUUCACAUUCAAACUACCACUCACAGAACAAUGGCCCACCUGGUAUUGGACUGAAACCUCUAAAUUCUGCGAAUCCUGUAUCUGGCAUUGGAUCAUACGAUCUUAUUCAGCAGUAUCAUAAUCACCAAAGCCAGUCACAGUUUAGACUGCAGCAAAUGUCAGGCGUGAAUCAGUCAUUCAGAGAUCCAGUUAUAAAAUCCAUGCAAACGCAACCAGUUGCUGAAAAGUUUGGGUUACUUGGCUUGCUAAGUGUUAUACGAAUGAGUAAUCCUGAUCUGACGUCUUUGGCACUUGGAAUUGACUUGACGACUCUGGGAUUGAAUCUCAAUUCAACAGAAAAUCUUCAUAAAACAUUCGGCUCUCCAUGGUCUGAUGAGCCAGCCAAGGGUGAUCCUGAGUUCAGCGUGCCUCAAUGUUAUCAUGCCAAACAACCACCUGUUUUACAUCAAGGGUACUUCUCAAAGUUCACGGUAGAAACAUUGUUUUACAUAUUCUACAGCAUGCCGAAAGAUGAAGCUCAACUAUAUGCUGCCAAUGAACUAUAUAAUAGAGGUUGGAUCUAUCACAAAGAGCAACGGUUAUGGUUAAUAAGAGUCCCCAACGUGGAACCACUGGUUAAGACGCCUACCUACGAGAGAGGCUCGUAUCACUGUUUUGACCCCAACACGUUUGAAAUCAUCCGGAAGGAUAAUUUUGUAUUGAAUUAUGACUCAGUGGAGAAGAGACCAGGUCUGCCUCAACAUUAACUGCAGGGCAUUUCUUUGCUAGUUGUAGAUUGUAAAGUUCAGCCAGUCAUGGGUCUCGGAUUGAUAUUCUUCAUUAGGAGGCGCGGCUGUCAGCUUCAGUUUUAAUGUUGCUCGAGUUCGGCAGUAACUUGUAUUUUGUCAAUCUUUGCUCUUAGUAGCCUGACCGGCGACCAGCUUCAGUUAGUUCCAGUAAAUAUUUCCGAUGACAUUUUAAUCGGCUUCAAUGAUAAGACCGUUUGAUCGCAAUAAGCCCCAUCGCUGUCGUGGAAGCUGCUCUUGAUGUUGAUAGAGAAUUAGGCUAUGAAUAUGAUUGGUAUCAGGAUGUCAUAAUGCGCUAACGGUCGUGACUCGUGCGUGCAUCAAUCCAUGGCUGUUUGAUACCGCUAAGGGUGUGGUAGCUCAACGGCCACAUUCUUGAUUCAGCAAGAGUUUUCAACAAGUUGCAAUCUUGUAAAGUGUAGUCAAUAUGGUGGCCGGACGUGGGAUUCCAAUUCCGUCCUGGGUCAGAAAUCUCAAUGGCAAUCUGAGGUGGAAGCCUUGAUUCUGCCACAAUACUGCACGUCAAAUGUGGGUGGCGGCAGGUGACAAAGAAAGCUCUUUCACGUCAAAAGAGGGCAACCUGGUUAAUCUGCUAACUGGUCAUUUUGUUAGUAUAUACUAACUGAUAUCCAAUAGUGUAUGAACUAAUAUCCAAGUCUUUGUGAACUAAAUAAUUCGGGUAGUUGAUCGGUUUGGGCUCUAAUAACAUGUUUUUCGUUACUUUCUUAUAUUUUUAUAAAUGUCUUAUUGGUUUAGUAAUCUUUGUUUUAUUUUAUUUAGGCUAGUUAUUAUAUCAGUAAUUAAUUCGGUUUUAGAGAUAGCUU